AUAUGUGUUCGUAUGCUAGUAAGAUGUCACGCUUCAUUUUCUACUUCCUACUUGUCGGAGGGAUCGCAUCUUUCCUAGCGCGACCGGCUGUCCCUCUUGACCCUCGGAUCGCGAGAGGUACAGUAACUGACAUAAAGCAGCAUCCUUAUCAAUUGAGCCUCCAGCGAGGUUCACGGCACGCUUGCGGGGCCGUCAUUGUCAGCAAUAAAUGGGUUGUCACGGCGGCUCACUGCGUCAGUUCGCCGGCAAGCGAAGUUUAUAGACUCCACGCAGGAAGUAACGACAAAUACGGGGGCGUCUUUUAUCCAGUUAAAAGGAUCGUCCAACACCCCGCCUACAAUUUCCUGACGAUCGAUUACGAUAUCGCCCUUCUCGAGAUCGAUGGCGAAAUCACAUUUAACGAUAGGGUGCAGCCAGUGAAGCUUCCGGAAAAGGAACUCGCAAGUGGCACUAUGGUGAACGUUACCGGAUGGGGCGCGGCGAAGGCAGGUGGAGAACCGUCACCGGUGCUAAUGAAAGUGUCGCUUCCAAUCGUGAGCAGAAAGACGUGUCAAAAUGUAUACAGAUACAUACGCAGCAUCACCGAUCGUAUGAUCUGCGCGGGUUACAUGCAGGGCGGUCAGGAUGCGUGUGAAGGCGAUUCGGGCGGACCUCUUACGGUGAAUGGCAUCCUCUACGGAAUUGUAUCCUGGGGAUACAGAUGCGCUCAGCCACUCUAUCCCGGUGUUUACACCAAUGUUGCGGAUCUUCUGUGGUGGAUAAAGUGGAUCAGUGGCAUUUAACCUCUUUGACAAUUACACGCCUUUUGUUACGCAUCUCAAUUUACGGGCGAUGGAACAUCUAGGAUCUCAAUACAAGAUCUGGAUGACAUUUACGCGAGACACAAGAUCUUAAGAGGCCGGAAUUUUUAUAACGGUGCAAGAUUUUAUUGAACGUAAUAUUGUUCACAAAAAUUAAUGCAAACGAGAGAUCGUGAGUUUUCAUGCAUUAUUGCAUUAGAGGUAGCUUUAGGAAAUAAACGAUAUAAAACCGUUGUAAUUGUGCUCAUUAAUAUUAAAAAGUAGAUAAAUUAAAAGAAAUGAGGAAAAUAAAUUAACGAUAUAAGUCAACAAACAUUUUAGUUAAAUAAUGUAAAUAUAUUUUUACUAAAAAAUAUAUUUUAUGUCUCUCUCUCUC